CAAAAACAGCGGAAAGACGAUCGCACCUGUCGCGGCAAUAAGCUCCCGGGUGAUACAAGGGUGGCCAGCCCUAAUUAGAACCCAGUGCAGCACUGUCAUCUCACCCAGAACCUAGGCUGGUUUGCAAUAUGUCGUUCUACGCGCCUAGUGACACAAGGGACCAUGUCCCAAGGCAUACACCCAAUGCAAAUAUGGAAUGCGACGACGAGUCACAGAAUGCACGUCCCAAGCGCAAGCAAAGGAGUUUGUGCCAAAGGGUCGACACCACCGGCGUUCUGACAAUUUUCCUUGGGCCACCUUUUCUACUACUCGCAGUUACCUUCCUGGUUCUUUUCUGGUGGGAAUCAAUAAAAGCGAUUCAUGGGGGAGAUCCCGAGGUUUACUGGUUCCGCAUUGUCAAUGCAGACUGGGCUACUCGACUGGUCACGAUAUGCACCACCGCCAUCCGGACCGUGAUGGCUUUCCAGGCUGGUCUUGCCACAGCAAUGGUCGCGGGAAUUGUCUUAGAGACCAAAGGCAUCCCUCUCCUCCAGGGGCCAUUGUACUCCAUACUGCGAGCAGUCAAGGUGGCUCCCAGCAGCCUGUUCACAGCGACCAACUUUCGGCCUCAUUUGCCGCCUCUCAUCUCUACACUUAUCAUCGCCGAGGUGUUGGUGACCGCAGCAUCCCAGUUUCUCUCAACCAUUUACCUGUCAGACUUCGCAAAUGGCAUUUUCACCCAAAAUAACAAUUCCACAAACGUCAGUCUUCUCGAUACCGAGUAUUCUAUUGCCAGCGGGUGGUGGACAAUGCGCCCCGCGGCGAGCUGGACAUUCGCCGAGCUGUCGGAAGAUUUCAAAGAAGAAUCAAACUUUCAUGAUACUGGACACACCUUCCGAGCCCUCCUCCCUUUCGGUGAAGAGACACAACGAACAAAGCUACGCAGGUACCGUGGACCUGCACCAGUCAUGGAUCAUCGGGUCACGUUGCGAGCUUCGGCCUGUCUGAUUAAUAUGGCGGUUCAAACCAUCGUAGUUGGGAUGAACAGUUCGUCAGACAACCCGGAGCCGACAAUAAGCUGGGACCGCCACACUAAGAGCUAUGACACCGGAGCCUCCCGACGCCAGCUUGGCGCAUCGCGAACACGGGAGAGUUUCACCCGCCGGGGGGUCCUCACCCUCGAACCCAGAUCGCAGUGGGGGGACGUUCUUCCACUGAAGGACUCCAACUCGGGGGACGAUGACCUGCCUGCAUUCUUCAUGGCAAUCGACGUCAGCCUGCCAACCGUGUUAAUGUCUAAUACCAAUUAUACCUUCAGCCCCGGCGUGCUACUUGCCAACGACGGCACGGGGUUCUAUAGCGGAAGCGCAGAGACAACCCACGUGGAGAUAUUCCAAGAUACGCUCAACGCGACCGCCAGCCCAGCCCUGGCGGUGCAGGCCGUGUUCGCGAGGCUUUUCCAGAUGGCAUACUACGAACAACUGGUGAAAAUGGCCAACAUGGCCGCAGCUUCGACGGCGUUCUCCGUCUCCUCGUCCAUCCCGUCGCAAUGGACCGGUUUCAUUAUCGGUACGGCGCUCAUCGCAACUCAUCUCGUCAUCGUCACCAUCAUCACUAUCCAAUAUAUGAGAAACACAAACAGCUCGAUCAUUGGCAACUACUGGCAAACGGUGUCUCAGGUGGUUUCCGAAGAAACGUAUCCUAUCCUGGAGCAGGCGGAUGGGAUGGACGACGGGGAAGUCAAACGCUGGGCCAAGCGCAACCUUCAUAACCUGCAGAGCCACCGCACGCUGAGAAGCCAGCAUAAUGGGCGAACCGCUCUGGACAUCGGAACGAAUGGUAAAUUUUAG